AUGCCCAUCAGCGGCUUGGACUCCUACCUCGCAGCAUCGCGAUUGCUGCAGACAGCACCAUUGACUGCUUUGCGAGAGACCCGCCUCGGCAUCGACCUAUCACUCUACUUGCGACUGCUCCUCAGUAGCCCGCGCACAGCCGAGCCCCUGACAGCUGCGCUCAGCGGAUCACCAUUGGCCUUGAGCAGCCAUAUCGAAGCGGAUCUUCGAGCGUUGGAGCAGGCUCAGAUCAAACCUGUCUUCGUACUCCAUGGCCUGCCGCCCACAGGGACGGGUCCCAAGAGACAACAGGCAAAUGCCAAUGCUGCUGGCCAGAAGUCGAGCAAUGGCCAGCAGCAGCCUCAGCAGCAACAGAAGCAAACAUACGUGCCGCCGCCAGCUGUAGGGGCCGGGAUUGACGACCCAGUAGCAGCCGCAGAGCAGAGGAGAUUGGCGUGGGAAGCAUACGAGAGGGACGAGACAGAGCUGACAAACAGCCACCUUGCCAAAUCGGGAAGCAUAAAGGAGUCUGAUCUCAUUCGCGCCGUGUUUCGAGCAUUUAGACAUCGCAAUAUCGAAUUCCUUGUUGCACCUUAUGGGGCUCAUGGGCAGUUGGUAUCUUUAGAGCGGCACUCAAAGUCAUAUGUCCAUGCCAUCUACGGACCCUCUUCUUUGCUGCUGUUCGACCGUGUGGAGAGAUUGGUGCUCUCGUUGGAUCUGCAAGAUCUACACAAAGGAACUGGGCCAGGCAGCUUCACAUUCGUGUCCAAACCGGCUCUGUUGCAGUCGCUAGGAUGCACUGAAGAGGAGUUCUUGGAUUUGGGGCUUCUCUGCGGGUUCGAGCAUUGCCCUACCUUCCCACCAUUUCUGGAUGGCACCUUUCCCGGUGUGGUCAUCCCGGGCGAGAGCUCUGCUGCGACAGGUUCAAUCCUGACCGGUGGUUCCGGGCCUACACCAAAUAUUCGAGCCGCACUUGAGGUGUUGAAGUCGUAUCGGAGCGGGUACACUCUGUGCACGUCGUUCGAGAAACAUCCAGCAUGUCAGAAGAUCGGGUACACUGACCUCUUCUGCAAGGCUAGAUGCAUGAUCAAAUUCGCGCUGGUGGCCUCGGCAGAAGAAGGCAGAGUGCUACCCCUGCCCUUAGCUACGCCGCCUCCGCCAAUUCCAGCAGCCGGCGGACAGCCUGGUGCCCCUCCUUCGCAAGGGGGGGCGGUCGUCGCCCCUGGCAUCAAUGGGGCAAGCCCAGCUGUGCCAUCAUUUGCUCCCAAUGGAGUGCUCGCACCGAUACUGACAGCGGCAGACGUUCCUUCAGAUUUACACGAAAUCUUUUGCCAUCGUUUACCCGACGAAGUGUUCCUUCAUUUAUCACGAGGGCUCAUCGGACCCAACAUCGUAUCCGCACUCGCAUCUCAGCACAUUCAUGAGCCGGCCCCUCUCUCCCCCGACACCACCGACGAGUAUCGGCGAUUCUGCAGAGAGCAAUUGACAGAAUUGCCGCAAAGUCCGCGAUGCGUUUCUAUGGCAUUGAUGGCCAAUGCUCUGCACCAAUUUUGGACGUCGCGGAAAGUCGUGGCGACGUACUGGUGGGAUACAACGCGGGAGCAUCCUGUUCCGUACGACAGCAUCCCUACCCUCAAAGUGGCGCAGCGCGUCAACAAUUGGAAUGUCGGCGUUGCUUUUAUCGAGGACGAGCUUCGGAGGCAGAACAGCAGCACGAUCGACAUCGCUCUUUGCCUUGGCAGCACUCGGUCAGCCAGUCUAGCCGCCCGCACAAAGACCGCCCGUCCGAAGCCAGCUCCUCCUGGAGUCACGAAUGGCAACGGCGCGUCGAAUGCACUUGCCGCACAGCCAGUCUUGGAGAAAAAGGACGAAGUGGUGGCGAACGUCAUUUGGCGUUUCUUGGAGAUCCGCGGAUUUCUCAACCAUGAUCAUCUACACACUGGCUUUGCCCGGGCUCUCCAUCUAGGUCUGGAGGGCGCUAGGCUGAACGACAAGCUGCAGGAACCCUUGUACAUUGCUCUGGAACUCAUGCGCGCGGGUGCGCUGCACGGCAAUGCUUUCAGCGGGCGAUUGCUGUCCGGCGGUCCCGCCUGGGGAGAUACUUCUGCCGAAGGACAGGAAGGACAGGAUGCACGGGAUGCGCGCAAACACCUUUUGCUGAUCAUGCGGUGCCUCAGUCUUCUGCCCAUGAGCUUUAGACCUUCCGCUUGGUCAGCGCCGCUCUCUCGAGAGUUGCUGCUCUUUGCCAGCUUCACAAAGAGCAUGUCCAGAAGCUUGCGCUCCCUGAUCGAGUGCAUUGCCUCCAAUCUCUUGCUUAGGGGAGACGCUCGUCGAGCCAGGGACGACUACCUCGAUAUUUCCCUCUCUUUGCCUUUCCAGUCGGAUGCCAACACCGGCAUGGGAAUUUUGGUGAAGUGCUAUCUCGAAGCACUUCUCACAUUCAACAAUGGCCCGGUACUUCCGGGCAAGGAGAAUGAGGAAGAUGUCAAGGAGGCCGUUGAACAGGUGUUGGGCAUUAUUGAAGGGCCGUUCGAGAAUGUUAAGGACAUCAGGAACGAGCUCAGAAGGGGUUUCAGGUUUUGGGACGCGCUCAUCAAGACGACGCAGACACUCAAGACGGAAGAUUUGAUCGCUGCAGAGCUGGUCUCGCAGUUUGAGGCAGCAGACAAGUGGCUGAAGCCCAUGACGCACUUUUAA